CAUCACAACGCUGCCUCUUUCUCUCAGCCUGUCUCCAGCCAUCCAGGUCCUGAGUUCUGGUGCUCUGUUUCCUAUUUCGAGAUGGAUGUGCAGGUGGGGGAGAUGUUUAAGGUGCCUGCCAGCUGUCCCGUGGUCACUGUGGACGGAUAUGUGGACCCCUCUGGAGGGGACAGGUUCUGCCUGGGACAGCUGUCCAACGUGCACCGCACCGAUGCCAGUGAGAGAGCCAGGCUGCACAUUGGUAAGGGUGUUCAGCUGGAGUGCCGUGGCGAGGGGGAUGUUUGGAUGCGUUGUCUCAGUGAUCACGCCGUCUUCGUCCAGAGCUACUACCUGGACCGCGAGGCCGGCCGGGCCCCUGGCGACGCUGUGCACAAGAUCUACCCGGGGGCCUACAUCAAGGUGUUUGACCUGCGCCAGUGCCACAGGCAGAUGCAGCAGCAGGCAGCGACGGCUCAGGCAGCAGCAGCAGCGCAGGCAGCCGCUGUGGCAGGAAACAUCCCGGGACCGGGCAGCGUGGGGGGCAUCGCCCCCGCCGUCAGUCUCUCUGCUGCGGCUGGUAUUGGCGUGGAUGACUUGCGCAGGCUGUGUAUUCUGCGGCUCAGCUUUGUGAAGGGCUGGGGUCCCGACUACCCCCGGCAGAGCAUCAAGCACACCCCCUGCUGGAUCGAGGUGCACCUGCACCGCGCCCUGCAGCUCCUGGACGAGGUUCUGCACACCAUGCCCAUCUCCGACCCGGGGCCCAACUGAACAGAACCAACCCAGAACACAAGAACCAGCACCAGCACACUGAACUGGACCUCAAUCAGAGACCCAACUGACCAGGCCUGGACCCAAAUCGAAAUACGCAGACUCAACUUACUGUUAGAAUUCCACACACACACACACACACACACACACACACACGAGUCGUACACUGAGAGACAGACGCACACACACACAGUCACACACUGAGAGACAGACAUACACACACACACACACUGAGAGACAGACACACACACACACACACACACACACUGAGAGACACGCACACACA